GUGUCUGUCAGGAAGAAUGUCCCGGUCAUCGCUCAGGAAGGACUGGAGAAGGAGGACUGGGAAGCGGCUCUCUCCAUAGCCCAGGGAGCGGUGAUGUCCGAGUGGCAGGUGGUGUUCCACCAGACCGGGAUGCCCCCCCAAAACCAUGACCGCCGAGGACGCCCGUACUGCAGGAUACCUCGUCAACUCCACGUCCAGCCGCAUCAUCUUCAGGUCGCCCUACGGCAUGCCCAUGUCCGAGGUGCUCCUGGUGUCGGGGAUCCCUGUGGAAGUCGUCAGAGCCACUGUGUUCUACAAGCAGAGGUGGAUGCUGCUAUUGGUGGACACUUCAGCUGCCUGCGCCAAGAACCCCUCUGUUUUCAAUGGCACCUACUUGAGCUGGGUCACCCCGAGGCUCAUCACCCCGCUGGUCCUGCAUCCCACCAAGUUCCUGGAUAAACUGAUCACGAUGGGGGUGGAGGGGAGAGGCCUGGAUGAGGUCGCUGCUACCAGCAGGGGGUACCAGCUGCUAGUCAACAGCACUGCAGUGGAAAUCCGCAUUCCCUUCGGAGCUGUGGGGGGGUAUCGCAAGAGUCAUGUGAUUGAUAACAAGUACAACCAGGUGUAUGAGAUUGACCUUUUCCUGGAGCACCAAUGGACUGACGACCUGUGGGAGGUGACCCAGCACCGCUCCUUCAAGCCAGCCUGCUCCCCCUACCUCCCUGAGACCCCUUAUGUGGUGAACAACACCGUCCCGAGUGAGAAGGGCUUCACGGUGACCCUUGGUAACUUCAAGCCGGACGUUGAGCUGAAGAACCUGACCCUCAACGGGGUUCCUCUGACCCUUCCCGAGGCCCAGAACAGAGGCGUGAAGAUCAGCGAGGUCCAGCACCCCAACGGCACCAAGGAUUUCGUCCUGAAGGUCCCCUUCAACAACCCGCUGGUCUCUGUAGAGUACAUUGGGGCUCUCAUCAGGAGGUACAGCUUGAACAUCAACUACACCUUGAACAUUGUCCCCCAGAAUGAGCCGUAUUUUCACCCGGUUGCUAUUGUGUGCGAUGUGAAGGAUGUUGGUGUAUUUCCAUUGCAUGGCUGUGGUUUGUGAUCCCAACCUGGAGGAUACCUGCAAUAAGACUUGUGUGCCUGGAGCCCAGAGAUCUGUGUGGAUCGCUACAGCCAGAUCAGAGGCUACAUUUCUGCUGGGCCGGUUCAAUUGGUACCAGAAGGACAAGUCUCGGACCUUCAAACAGCAGGUGACUCCCCCUUGGUUCUGGCGCUGGGCGUGGCGUCCGCUCUCCUCGGAGUUCUGCUCGUCAUUCUUGUUGCUGUCGGAUUCAGGAGAUGUUAAACUUGCUGUCUACCCCAAUAAAGAUUUUUGCAUCUCGA